CAGGGGUAGACUGACCAUUUGGAAACUCGGGCACUGCCCUAGGGCCCAGGAUCAGUAGGGGGCCCCAUGAGAUGCCCCUGGUACCUUUUUCAUAGGCUUUUUUGAGUUUGGGCAAGGACACAGGGGCCCCAUGAUCCCCUAUUGCCCGGGGGCCCCAUGAGUUGUCAGUCCGCCCCUGGUCAUGCCACCUAUCAGUGCCCAUCCACCUCAGUGCCCAUCAGUGCUGCCUAUCAGUGCCCAUCAGUGCUUCUUGUCAGUGCCCAU